CUCACGCCUCACGCCUCGCCGCACGCCGAGAACCGUUCUGCAUGUAGCCCAGCCCUGAAGCCCUAAAGCCUGAAUUAUGUACCAUUAUUGCUACUGAUACGAGGCUCACCUGGGUCACCAAUUCGGUGGCCUUGAUACGCGGGACCCCCUACCCGUCAAAACCCCAUCCUGGCGUUUUUAGCAUAAAUCCCACCACCCCCCUUCGUUGAUCUCUCUUAAUCCUACCUUGCCUUCUUUGUCUUCUAGUACCGUCAAACAUUUCGCUGUCGCGAAGUUGUCCAGACAAGCAUUAGCAAUGGGUCAAAGUUCAGAAGAUCUCGAGCGCGCCUCGGACUCCAUCGUGCCUAGCGGAGAUGAGAAGCCAGGCAAGUCGUCGCCUGGCGAUGCGCCUCCUCCGUAUAUCAACCCCUCGAUAAUGGAGGAAGAUUAUGAAGGAAAGCCAACCGAUGAGGAAUUAAAAACUUUACGCCGAGUGCCCGGCAAACUUCCCAUCGUCGCCUACGCCAUCUGCAUCGUAGAAUUCUGCGAACGAGCUUCUUACUAUGGUGUUCAGCCACUAAUCGCCAACUAUGUCAACCGACCUUUGCCAGAAGGUGGAAACGGCUAUGGAGCUCCUCCGGUAGGAACACAGCAGACGGCCGGCGCUCUCGGCUUGGGAACCGUCACGGCGAAUGCUGUUACGCAGUCUUUCAGUAUGCUUGCGUAUGCUCUGCCUAUGUUAUUCGGGUGGAUCGCCGAUGCGAAGACUGGCCGAUUCGCCCUCAUCUGCUGGGGUGUCGGUGUCUUCGGUGUUGCUCACGUGUUGAUGGUUGCUGCGGGCGCGAAGGACCUACUGGCCGCCGGCACGGCGAAGGUCCCUUACUUCCUCUCCGUUUACAUCCUGUCGAUUGGUGCUGCUAUGUUCAAGCCCAACGUCUCCCCGCUUCUUCUCGAUCAGAUGACGACAACCGUCCCCAAGGUUAUCACGCUCGAAAGCGGCGAGCGUGUCAUCCAAGACCCCGAAUCCACGACGGAACGAGUUAUGCUCUGGUUCUACCUCCUGAUCAACAUCGGUGGUUUCAUGGGAGUCGCUACCUCGUACUCGGAGAAGUACGUCGGCUGGUGGCUGGCUUUCUUGAUUCCUCUCCUGCUCUACCUCCCUCUCCCUAUCCUGCUGUGGUUCCUUUACAAGCGCCUGAUCCUCCACCCUCCCGGAGGAAGCGAUCUUGGCAACGUCUUUAAGGUGCUCGGAAUCUGCCUCAGGCGCGGCGGUAUCACCAAGAUCGGCCGUCACGGUUUCUGGGAUCUUGCCAAGCCCUCGAACAUCGCAGCCGCUGGCCUCAGCAUUAAGACAGACUGGAACGACCAAUUCGUCGAUGAUGUACGACGAACCUUCCAGGCGACCGGUAUCUUCUGCUUCUUCCCGAUCCAGUACAUCAACGACAACGGUCUUGGUUCCGCCGCCAGUUUCUUGUCGACUAUGUUGACUACCAACGGCGUCCCUAACGACGUCAUCAACAACUUCAACUCAUUGAGCAUCAUCGCGAUGGCUCCGGUCCUCAACUACGGCCUGUACCCGCUUUUGCGAAGGCUCAACAUCCACUACGGCCCCGUCGCCCGUAUUACUACCGGUCUCGCGAUGUCUUCCAUCGGCGGUGCUGGCUAUGCGGUCCUGAACUACUACGCGUACAAGGAGUCUCCAUGUGGCGAUUACGGUUCCAGCAACUGUGAGGACGGUCUGGGCGUGGCCCCGAUCAGCAUUUGGUGGAUGGCAAUCCCAUUCGCCAUUGGUGGUAUCUCGGAAUUGUUCGUCAACGUCCCGGCUUACGGUAUCGCGUACUCGCGCGCCCCCGUCAACAUGAGGGGUCUUGUCUCCGCCCUAAACCUCUUCAACACGGCCGUCGCCUACGCUAUCGGUCUAGCAUGCUCUUCCGUCGUUACUGACCCGUACCUGACGUGGGAUUUCGGCGGCCCCGCCAUCGCCGGCGGCGUCCUGACCGUCAUCUUCUACUUCAUGUUCCGCCACAUCGACGCGGAGGAGUUCCAGCUCAGCCAGAACAAGGACUACCACCUCAAGCUCGAGGGAACUGUCAACGUCGUCGGCGAGAACGAGCUGAACAAGAGCACGAACCGGCCCGCGCCCAUCGCCGCCAACGAGGAGGUGAUGAUCUCGCAGAAGCAAUAGUUGUUGGUUCGGUCUCUGUUUUUUGUCGUUUUGUGUACGUGUAUAUUGGAUGGAUGUGGUGUAUAUGCGUUGGGG